CAUGGUUCCCAACAAAGAAGCCCCAAGCUGGUUUCGUCUCCACAUCGGCUUCAGCUUCACCAAUUCCAUCAUUUUCAUCCUAGGGCUUAUAUGGAGCUAUAGGAUGGUGGAGAAGACGUUUCUCGACAUCUUAAUCACGCGCAUGUGGAAGUUGUACGACCUCAAAAGUUCUGUGGUAGUCGUUAAUUUGCAUGAAGUUAUAACCAUUUGUUUUGUAGUGGUUUUCAGUACUGCAACCGACGUUUAUAGGGGCCGCUCAGUCCGUUUCUGGAUGGUGGUUUUCUCCACCACAGUUUGCAUCAUCGGACUAAUGCUCAACUACUUGGAGGCCGGAAAUGACGAUAAAGGGCAGCUUCAUUUGUGGUUAUUCUUCUCUAUGGGGCUAAUGGAUUUGGCUCAAGCCGGACUUAGAGUCACGCUGAGAGUAUUUCUUGAAGACCAGUUUAGGGAGGUGGAUAGAGAAAAGGGCGAGAGACGGCUAUACACCAAACUCUGUUGGAUUCUGGUCUCCGCCGUUGCAGUCAUCUUCGCUCAGUUUGAGACUUUGACAGGGUUUCACUUCAGAACACUUUUACUAGCAUUAACGAGCGUGAUAGCGUUUUUCUUCAUAGUUUUCGUAUCUGGUUUCAAUUUCUACCACAAGGACGGGGAGAGCAACGAACGCAACGACGUCAGAGCCACAAAUGAGGAUUCAAAAUGGAAAAUGAGGGUUAUUCUUUUUUUGGUGUGGGUUAGUUUAUCAAUUUUAAGCCUAGUUUCUGCUUCCGGAAGCACCUUCUUCUUGAUAGAAGCCAUCACACUCACAUCUCACCACAAAAAUCUAUUUUCCAUCCUCGUGCUCGCUAAUCUGGUGAGAUGCAUGGAGACCACGGCCACAGAAGUGUCCCGGUGCGUAGUGGCACAGCUUAAAGAGAGCCGGGAUUACAACAUCCCGAAGAUGGAGCUGUUGAGAAUCGGAAUUGGAUUAGGUUGCUGCAUGAUGUGCUGCAGCAUUGCUGAAUGGACCGGGACACACAGGAAGUACGCCAAGGGUGGCAGCACCAUGAGCGUGUAUUGGCUAAUCCCGCAGUUCUUUUUACUGGGGCUGAUGCGGGGAUUCGCUAAAGAUGGGUUUAAAUCGUUGUUUGAAUCCAGGGUUCGGCCUUGGUUCAAGGGACACGGCCGGUCUUUGGGAGUGCUUACGACGGGAUUUGGAAGCAUUCUGAGCAUAGUUUGCGUUUUCAUCUACGGGAGUGGCCAAUUUAAAUGGUUCCAAAAUGACAUACACAAUAGUAGCCUCAACAAGUAUUAUAGCUUUCUGUCAGUUUUGAGUUGGGCUAACUUUGGUUUGUACAUUUUGCUAUUUGUUUGGUACACAGGCUUUUGGAUCCUAUUGGAAGACCAAUAUAUGUACGAAGCGCGCGAUAAGCAGAAUUAACUGGAUUUUCGAGUUUUGUAUUCAUUCAAUCUAUUAGUGUA